UAAUUAAGUAAAUAAAAGUGUGCUAAUGGAAAUUUAUACUUUUGUUGUCCCCUAGAAAAUGGAUUUAUGUUGGAAUCAUUGUUAGAGAUUUUUGGAUGUUAAUGGAAGGAAACAAAUUAAUUGAGUCUAUAAAGGGAAAUUACAUUGUUUUUGAAGAAAUAGUGAAGUUGUCUCUGUAUGAUCUAUAGGUGAGGGUUCGAGAAAUGAAAACAACAACUAACCAUUGCAUUAGGGUACCCCUCCGUGAUGUGGUCUUUGAUUGGUUAAUGGUUUUCUAAAUCACACCCCUUGGGACGCGGUCCUUCCUCGAUUUUUUUUGAAUCUGUCCUCUGCAACAGCAUUAAACAGUAUGUCUUGCUAAGUGUCAUGUGCCAUUUGGUUUGCUAACUAAUUACUCAUGUUGUGUUGUGAUUGUUGACAAAAGAAGUGUUGUGUAUGUGUAUUGCUGUCUAAGAUAGGAAUGAUUCCUUGCCAUAAUAACAUUACAUGUACUCUACAAAUGCGUACAGUUCUGCUUUUAAACUAAACAGAGAUGUUACAAAUGUAUAAAGGGCUAAUAAAGAGUUGUGAAUGUUACCAGCCUUAAUUGCUUUUACAAAAUCAACAGAAAAUGUGUGCUUAUAUGUGGUCUAGUAUUUCCUAUUAGGGAUUUGUAUGAAAGCAGAAUGUAAACAACUUUUGGGCUUAUAUGAAUGCAGAAUGUGUAUUAAUUCUUUAUUUUAGUAUGUUGGAUGUGACUUGGCACACUAAUUUCCUAGGAAUCAUCUCAGAGACAAACUGUACUCAAAAAGUCAUCAAUAUAUCAACUCCAAGAAUUCUAGUCCUCCAUUGACGUGGGGCCUCACCCAAUGCACCCCCUUUCUUAGGCAUUGAGAGUGCAUGUUCGACGUGACUUUAGCCUGUGCAGGUCUUCAGUAGUAUGACAUAGUCGCCUUGAGUACCGAACCAAAGCAGGAUGGAAUUUCAAGAGACCCCUGCUUCUGCUAAGAAAUCAAAACAUUUUCCUCUGACUCCUUUUAGAAUUAUAAGGGGUGUGAUAUGUUUAUCGGUUCUUCUUUCAACUGCAUUUGUUUUCUUGAUCUAUUUCGUGCCUGUGGCAGCUUUACUCUUGCGCUUCUUCAGCACGCUUUACAGUAGGAAAGUUGUUGCGGUUCUGUUUGGUCUUUGGCUUGGAUUGUGGCCAUUCCUAUUUGAAAAAGUAAAUGAAACCAAUGUGGUAUUUUCUGGAGAUCAUGUUCCGCCAAGAGAACGUGUAUUGCUGAUCGCCAACCACAGAACAGAGGUCGAUUGGAUGUAUGUGUGGAAUCUUGCAUUGAGGAAAGGAUGCUUGGGCCACAUCAAGUAUCUACUUAAGAAAAGUUUGAUGAAAUUGCCAGUCUUUGGCUGGGGAUUCUAUGUGUUAGAAUUCAUUCCACUGGAGAGAGACUGGGUAGUCGAUGAACCGGUGAUAAAACAAGCGCUUUCGACUUUUACCAAUCCUCAGGAUCCAUUGUGGCUAACUGUUUUCCCUGAAGGAACAGAUUACAGUGACGAGAAGUGCAAAACAAGCCAAGAGUUUGCCAGCCGGAAUGGAUUACCUGUUCUAAAUAAUGUGCUGCUACCUAAGACAAAAGGCUUUUAUGCCUGCUUGGAAAUAUUAAGGAGCUCUUUGGAUGCAGUUUAUGAUGUAACCAUUGCAUACAAAAAUCAGUGCCCAACAUUUUUGGACAAUGCAUUUGGUGUUGAUCCUUCUGAAGUACACAUUCAUGUUCGACGCAUUCCUCUUGAGAAAAUCCCAGCAUCUGAAAAAGAAGUUUCUAAAUGGUUGAUGGAGACAUUUGACUUGAAAGAUCAAUUACUAUUUGAUUUCAUUGCUAAUGGCCAUUUCCCAAAUGAAGGAACAGAAGAAGAACUAUCAACAGCAAAAUGCUUGGCUAAUCUAGUAAUAGUAAUGGCUAUUACUGUUAUGUUUAUAUUCUUUACAUUUUAUUCAUCUGUAUGGGGAAAAAUUUAUGUACUUUUCUCUUGUAUAUACAUUGCUUCAGCUGCUUACUUUAAUUUUAGACCAUAUCCCAUUUUUGGUUCUGUAAAUGAAAAACUGAAUAAAAUUCUUAGAAUGAAAAGUCAUUAGAAAG